GUAGACAUGGGAAAAAAAUUCUGUACAUAAAUUAUUUAUUCGCAAAAAUGGAUGUGUCGAAUGAAAAUAUCGAUAAAGUAUCAUUAAACAAUUUAAUGGAAACAAUAGAGAUAACUGGUGAAGAAUGUCGUAUUUGUUUAAAAAAAUCAUCUAGUAUGUGGCAAGUGUUUGAUAAUCAACACGAAAUAGCACGUAAAAUAAUGGCUUGUGCUGCUGUACAGAUUAAUGAAGGGGAUGGUCUUCCAACAAUAAUUUGUUGUGAUUGUCGUCGAUUAUUAUAUUUAUCUUACGACUUUAAAUGUCAGGUAGAAAAGAAUGACAGUAAAUUACAUCAACUUUUAGAAUUUAAACAAUCAUUAAACCAAUCAGUAAUAGAAGCAUCAAUAAGUGACCAAAUAAUAGUCAAUUCUGAUAAUGAAGUGAAAUCUGAUGAUAAUCUAAUGAAUGAUGACCCACUGAACGUAACAAGUGAUGGAUCAAUGAUCUUUGAAGUCAGUAACGAGGAAUUCAAACCUAUAAGCUCUGAUUCCAGUCCGGAAAAACAAGUUCUACAUGAAAAUGAAUUAGUACAAAAGCUAGAAGCUCUCGUAGAUUCUCAGGAUGAUGUGAUAAAAGAAGAAGAAUCAGCGAUGAUUGAAGAGAGUGAAUUAUCAGAUGAAGAUCCAACGGAUGCAUACAGUCAUGACCUGUUUACUGAGAGAAACGAUGACGAAAUCAAAGAAGAAAAUAGUGAACCUAAGUCAGAAGGUUUGAUUUUAUCACGAGAAAAAUGUUCUGAAUGUUCUAAAGUUCUAGAAUCUAAAUCAGCCCUCCAAAAGCAUAUGAAUCUUCAUCAAAACGGAUCAACACUUCGGUAUGUUUGUUAUAUGUGUGAUGAACAAUUUUCUAGUAUGGAUAAAUUAAAAGGUCAUGUAGCCAAAGCACAUGGAACUUUAAGAAAUGAUAAAAAAGAUGAUAGUGAUAAUGUAAGUAAUAAAAAUGAUGCUGAUAAAAAUCUCGAAUCUCAUCAUCUAGGAGAAAACAUAAGAAAAAAUGAUAAAAAAAAUUAUAAAUUUUCAUGUAAAUAUUGCCCAAAACAAUUUACUUACGAAAAAGCAUAUUUAACUCAUGCUAAAAGACAUUCAGAAUACAAGAAUGACACACAAGUUUCCAAUGAUUCAACUUUGAUUGGAGAUUCACGUAGUAAUGAUUCAGAAGAUGAUGAUUUACCAUGUAAUGGUCUUCAAUGUACACUAUGUGGUAAGCUUUUUGCCACAAAAAGGAACCUCAAAAGACAUAUUUCAACUCAUAGUGGUUUAAAAUUCCAUUGUCUAACAUGUAACAAGGAAUUUUCGCGAGUAGACAAGCUAAAAGAACAUGAACAAUCAAAACAUAAUGACUUUGAUCGACAAUUUGAUCAGUCUGAUGAUGAAAAUAACACUGAUAAUGAAAAUAAAGCUCAAGAUAAUUCAAAUACAAAGAAAGAAAAACCUAAAAAUCGACCACACAAGUGUCAAAUGUGUCCAAAAGCAUUUGUUCAAGCUCAAUCAUUGAUCAAUCACAUGGAAAGACACAAGAGAGUGAAAGAUACCCAGAAGAGAUUUUUGUGUGAAGUUUGUAGCAAGUGUUUUGCUCAAAGUGGCUCUCUGGUGGCUCACAUGAGAACUCACACAGGUGUAAAACCAUAUGUGUGUAAUGUUUGUAGCAGAGCUUUUACUAAAAGCACUUAUCUUCAGCUACAUCUCAGGACUCAUAGUGGAGAAAAGCCUUACAUUUGCCAGUACUGUUCUCGUGCCUUUGCUAGAGCCAAUACCUUGGCUAGACACAUCACAAUGCAUACUGGUGAAGCCAAAUAUCACUGCCAGAUCUGUAUGAAGUCAUUCAGACGUUUAACAUCUUUGAAUGAACACACUUAUACUCAUACAGGUCAAAGACCUUACGCUUGUAAAAUCUGCACCAAGAGAUACAACAAUGCUGGGUCUUUGUAUGCUCAUACCAAGAAGUGUAAAGCUCAGCAGCUUACACAUGGUAAUGUGGCAUUUGGAAACGUAGGAAAUCAUCAGGGUAAUCAGGGAAAUCAUCAAAGCAGCUUACAAACUCAUGCUGAUAAUGAUGCUAAUCAACAAAAUCCAGAUGAUUCUACUGUUCAAAUGCUUCAAAAUUAUUCUCCAAGGAAAUUAGGUGAUGAAUCUGGUAUUGUUAGUGCUACUAAUUCUUUUAUGAUUACCAAUGUUCAACAUCAAAAGCCAGUUAUGGCCAAUGUUAUACAGUCUUUUGGAGUGGAUGAGUCCAAUGUUUAUACUGUUAAUAACAAACAAUUUAAGAACUCUUAUUAUAUUUAUCCAAGCAUGUAGAUGAAUUUCUUUUUCGUCAGAAGAAUCUCAGAAGGCUGAACAACAUGUUAGUGUGAAUGAAUGACAAGUGAUAAUUGUAUGUAAUUAUUAAUCAUGCUUUUGUAAAAAUGUUUCAGUCAUUUUUGCUUAGUAAGUGAAGCUAAAAAUCUUUGUUUUAGGAUCUUAGAUAUUAUUUUUCAAAUUUUAUUUUUAAUUUUAUCUUGAAAAUGUGAUCAUUCGGAGAAAAAACAAGUCGUUUCAGUUCAAUUUUCUUUCCUAGUUUUUUUAUCAUAAAUUUAUUUGCUUCAUCAAAGUUUAUAUUUAAAUCUCUAUUAACAUAAUUUCAAUUUGGACAUGAAUGAGGUUAUUUAUAAUGGAAAAAAAUGAAUAAAAUUGAACUGAAACUGAUUAUAUUUCUCCUAACAUUCACCAUACAUCUCUAGAAGGAUGAUGUAAUUUUAAAUACAGUUUCAGAAGAUAAAUAUUCAAUUAAUAAUAAUAAAUCACAUUUUCAAGAUAUUAAAUAGAUUUUUAAUCAAUCAGUUGAUUAAUAACAUAUUUAAUAGUUGAAAUUUCAUGACACAUUGGUGAAGAAUCUAAGGACUUGCAAUAGAAUUGUACAGUAAAUGACAUUUAAGAAUCUACUAUAGUAAAAUUAGACAAUUAAUAUCCAUUUCAUAAACUAAGUUUGGAUAAUAAAAUUUUUAAUCAAUUUUGUAGAGCUCAAAUGAAUAUGUAUAUACAUAAAUGUAUAAACAUUUAGAUCAAAUUUAUUUUUAUCUUGCUACGUAGAUAAUAAACAGAAUAUACAGUGAUAAUG